AUGCGUUCUACAGAUUCGAAUGCCACUCAAACCGCACGAGUAAAAGAGCUACCAUUACAGAGUGUGAUUCAGAAUAUGCAUGGAUACGGGGUUGCAAAGUGCCGGGCUUUGCUCUUAAAGCAAAAGUUCUUCAAACUGCACGAGCGCUACGCUCACGCUGCAUCAAAGGAGAGCUACGCUGCAGCAAGGCUCCAGCGAUUGCAGGGGCAGUUAACGCAUCAGCAGGAGGAGCUCGCAGAAGCUGCAACAAAGGCGGCACAAUACGCUGAACGCAUUGCUUCGCUGAAACAUGAAAUCAAUGAGAAGAAAGCUGAUGUCGUCCGUUCCUCCUCACGACAACAUAUGUUGCAUCAGCAGCUGGCUGCGCUCAAAGCGGAAGCGCAAGAGCUUCAGGGACAGCUCGAAACACAAGUCAAACGGUCAGCCAACUCAAACGCAAGGUUUCCCUUUGAAAGAUCACUCAAAGGGUUCCCUGCCUAA